GUCACCGGCACGGCGUCGGGGUCGGGGAAGAUCUCCGUCGUCCUGCCUUGCGCCGACGAGGGCGCGUACACGCGGCAGACGGUGAUGAGCUUCUGCGACCGAACGGAGCCCGAGGUAUUGCAGGAGAUCAUCGUGGUGGACGACGGGUCGUCCCCGCGCCUCACCGAGGUCCUGGCCGAGGUUCCCGAGCACUGCCGCCUGAGGGUGCUUCGGCACGAGCACACCCUGGGGCUGAUGAUAGCCAAGCAGACCGGUGGCGACGCCGCCACAGGUUUUUUCGACUGCCACGUCGCGCCAAAUGUCGGGUGGCACCAGGAGAUGAUACAGCUGUUGCGGGCACAACCGAUCCGAUUGGUGGUGCCGAUCAUCACGGAUCUUGACUUGGAUACUUGGGAUGAGAGGAAAGCCAGUGCUGUGAAUUCCAAGUGCUAUAUCGACUGGAAUUGUGAUUUUAUGUGGUUCGAGGACAAUUCCGAUUUUAUCCCAGUGGUGAGUGGCGGCCUUGUUGCCACCAGCCAGUUGUGGUGGCGGCAGUCGGGAGGCUUCGACAGAGACAUGCGCGGCUGGGGCGGCGAGAACGUGGACCAGUCGCUCCGCGCGUGGCUGUGCGGGGGGGACAUCUGGGAGGCUGGAGGAGUGCCCAAAGGUGAGCUUCGGAUGCCCGUGGCCGGCAGGCCCCCCGCCUGCGCUGCACUCCCGUGCCACGCCCCAUCCCCGGCAGACGCGUGGCGCGAGGGGGGCGCCGAAGGGGCGACGCCGGAGGCGCCCCCACGGCUGUGGCCAGGCAGGCGCAGGGCGAAGACGAGACGCUCCAGCGCGUCCCGGGUCGCGCACAUGUGGCGCGUGCCGGAGGACCAGAGGACCAAGGCGCACUACACCCCCGUGCGCGGCGUGGACAAUCUGGGGCGGGUGGCGGCCGCGUGGUUCGACGAUUUCGCCGUGAAGUUCAAGGGCGGCAGGCUCAGGAGCGGAGGGGGCAGCGCUGGCUUCGUAGUCGUGCUCGUGGGGGGAGUCCGCGAGGCUGUCGCGCGGGCUGUCGCGGGGGCCGUCGCGGGGGGCGGCGUGGGGGCUGUCGUGGUUUCCGCGGCCGCCUUUGUGCCCGACUUGGCCGUCGCCGUCGCGGGGGUCGGUGUGCCCUCCGUGGGCUCCCUCGCAGGGCGUGCGGCCACUCGGGAUUUGGACCCCAUCGAGGGGCAGUCGGUGCUCCGCCCCGGGCUCGCCAGCGGCCCGUGGGGCCGCUUCCCGGGGCAGGCGGCCCCUCGGGGCGCGGCCAUCGCGGUGGUCGGUGCGGAUCUGAAGUGUAAACCGUUCUCGUUCUGGCUUCACCGUUUCCGCAAGAUCUACCGCGACGGAGGCAUGCUGCCCAGCGAGGUCUGGAAGCUGCGCAGCCGCGAGACCGGAAAGUGCGUCCGCAAGCAAGGCGAUAAGAUGGUUCUGGCAUCCUGCGACGCACGGUCGCAGCUCUUCCACCUGGCAAACAGGGACCCGGCGAGGGGCGACAAGUGCUGCUCUGGGAUCCGCCUGUGGAACUCGCUGGAGUGCUUCGACCGCCUGGACCGCGACG